AUGACUCCCGACCUUGAAGCUGCCGGCUACGCCACGGAAAAGACCCGAGGGCCGAGUAUUACGGCCCUACCACAAGGGACUUCCGAAGAAGCGCACUAUGCUCCUCCCUGUAAAUUACGCAUAGCACCAUGCCGUACCACAACCAACCGGUCCUAUCGUAGGACUGCAGCAAAAACUGGUACCUACGAGCUUACUAAACCCUACUGCGAGACUGCAGCAAAAGCUGGUACUCACAGGCUUACAAAACCUAGAAAAAAAAGCAGAAUCCUAAAAAAAAAGAAGACCGAAAAAACUCCAGAGAAGUUCGAGACUGAAAAAAAGAGAAGACUUAAAAGACCUGGAGAAAAAAAGCAAAGACCUAAAAAAAAAGAGAAACCCGAAAAAAAGAGACUUAUAAAAAAGAGAAGUUCUAAAAAAGAGAAGACCUAA